ACUCAGCAGAGAGGAGCGCGCUCGGGCCCCAGUGUCGCCACCAUGGGCAACAGCGCGGGCCGCAGCGACUUCGAGUGGGUCUACAGCGACCAGCCGCACACGCAGCGGCGCAAGGAGAUGCUCGAAAACAAAACACAAAAAAGCACCAACUAUGCAAGGAUGGACGCUUGCUGCCCCGAAGAGACAGCCAAGUACCCAGCCAUUAAGGACCUGAUGCGGCCAGACCCCCACAUCAAGUGGACAGUGCUGGGUCUGGUGCUGGUGCAGUUUCUGGCCUGCUGGCUGGUGAAGGGGCUCUCCUGGCGAUGGCUGCUCUUCUGGGCUUAUGCCUUCGGUGGCUGCAUCAACCACUCACUGACCCUGGCCAUUCAUGACAUCUCGCACAACACUGCAUUUGGCACGAACUUUGCCUCCCGCAACCGCUGGUUCGCCAUCUUCGCUAAUCUACCCAUUGGCGUACCUUAUGCCACAUCCUUCAAAAAGUACCAUGUGGACCACCAUCGAUACCUGGGCGGAGAUGGGCUGGACGUGGACAUUCCCACGAACUUUGAAGGCUGGUUCUUCUGUACGCCGGCCCGCAAGCUGCUCUGGCUGGCCCUACAACCCUUCUUCUACUCGCUGCGGCCACUCUAUGUGAACCCCAAGGCGGUGACUCGUAUGGAGAUGCUCAAUACCCUGGUGCAGCUGGCUGUUGACCUGACCAUUUUUGCCCUCUGGGGGAUCAAACCCGUCGUCUACCUUCUAGCUGGCUCCUUCCUGGGCCUGGGCCUACACCCUAUCUCUGGCCACUUCGUGGCUGAACAUUAUAUGUUCAUGAAGGGCCACGAGACUUACUCCUACUACGGGCCCCUCAACUGGAUCACCUUCAAUGUGGGCUACCACAUGGAGCACCAUGACUUUCCCAGCAUCCCCGGCUGCUACCUGCCACUGGUGCGGAAGAUUGCACCCGAAUACUACGACCACCUGCCGCAGCACCACUCCUGGGUGAAGGUGCUCUGGGACUUUGUAUUUGAGGACUCUAUGGGACCCUAUGCCAGGGUUAAGCGCACGUGUAAGCUGGCAGAGGACCGCCUGUGAACCCUGCCGGCCAGCAGUCCUGAGGGGUGCAGCCCCGUGCCUCUUGGCCCCACUUCUGUGGGCCAGGGCCACAGAACUGGUCUAGCUACAUCAGCUCCUGCAAUCUAGGCUGCUUCUGGCCCAGCAACAGGGGAUGCAGCUGUGGUCGGGGCAACCAGGCUUACCUAAUCUCUGGCCUUCCCUCCGACUGACCAGGAUACUCUGUGCCUGUGGUCCCAUGGAGUUGCCUUCUCUGUUCUU